GAGAGGCGUCGCAAUGCAUGCUAACUCUCUCUUAUCAGUUAACAGCAAAAAGGAAAUGCCCUAAAAAUCUCUGGGAGCGCUUGUUCUCUCCGCCCCCAAUCCCCGACGCCUUCCCCCGCCACCCCUCUCGAGACACCUCACUGACGCUGCCGCCGACGACAGCGGCAGCAGCCAAGCCUCCUCCUCCUCCUCCUCUUGUCGGUAGCAGCGGUGGGCACGGUUCAGGAGCGUAGAAGGUUGGACACUUCCGGGGUUCCAUCUCCCCCCAAACUUGAGUGCAAAUGGCUCACAUGUGUUGUGGUCGAGAUGCCCUUCGCCGCCUCCUUCGAGCCCAGACUUCCUCCUCCAAUGCUGGCAUCACCAAUCCCAUCCUCUUCGCCGGACAAGGCCUCAGAUAUCGGAAGCUGGAGGUCAUCCUCACCACGACGGUUGACAAACUGGGGAAAGCUGGGGAGACGGUGAAGGUGGCCCCAGGGUAUUUCCGCAACCACCUGAUGCCCAAGCUGCUUGCCGUCCCAAACAUAGACAAGUAUGCCUUUCUUAUCAGUGAACAGCGCAAGCUUUACCAACGUGAAGAAGCAGAAGCUGUGACAGAAGUUUCAAAGACUAGGGAUGAUGCAGUGCAAGAUCAGGAGGAUAAAAUGAAAGAAUAUCAGACAGCAGCAAAACACCUUGAUAAUGCUCUCCUGGUUUUGAGAAGGUUCAUCAAGGUUGACACUGAACUGCGUACACCUGUGACAAAGGAGGAACUUGUGGCUGAGGUGGCGAGACAGCUUUGUGUUCAUAUCCACCCAGAUAAUCUGCACCUACCGUCACCACUCCAAUCAUUGGGGGAGUAUGAGGUGCCCCUCCGCCUACCAAGAGAGAUUCCACGGCCUGAGGGAAGGCUUCAGUGGACUCUAAAUGUUAAGAUCAGGAGAAAAUGAAUCAGCAGGAGAGCUGCUUCCAUAUUGCGAUCUCUCAAAUUGUCCAACAUACAAACCUGCUAAGUAAAUUCAUUGGUUAAGUGUAUUAGCAUGCAAUUUGAUAGCUUCAGCUGUAGGUUGAUGUUAUCAACCCUCACUCGACUUUCAGCUGCAGUGAAGGUGGGAGUGGUAAUCAUAGAGAACAUCUUAAAAAGUGGGGUUUGAUGAGAUUGGCAAACAAAUAUAUGGCACCUAUAUAAUGAAGCUGCGGAAUUUUCUUCAAAUAUGUUGCUGCUGUCAAGGGAUCUGAAGUUUUAUCAAUCAGAUUGUUUGUUUCAUUAUGAGUUGAUCUUCUUUUUUUUUAUGAAAAAGGAAAGAAAAAGAAUACAGCAAGGAACUAUCCUUUUUCUUUUCACUUAUUUUUCUGCCAGAAUCAAAUUCCUUCUCCAAAAACUGCGGUCAUACCAUGUAGCAAUGCAUGCAAUAAUUGUUUCAUCCAAGUUGAGAAUCUUGAAAUUAAUCUACUUUUGUACUCA